ACUCCGCGAAGUGCCCUAGCCCAUCAGUGAGAACCGCGCGAUCAAAAGAAGUGUCGAUGAACGUGUUCGUACUAUUAGCCGCCCUCGUCGCCUGCGCCGGAGCUCAUCCUGGGGGUCAUCAUCAUGCUGCAUUCUUCCUGAAGCAAGGCCCUCCCGUAUUCAAAACCGCCCCGCCCCCAGCGAUCCCGCUGAAGGGCGCCCACGAGAACAUCGUCCUCAGCGCAGAGCUCUACCCGGCACACGAUCAUCCGCUGCCGGCAGCACCGAAAAUGCAUGGGCAAACUUUCAUCAUUCUGAAACAAGGUCAUCCCGCGGAAACUCAUGGAGGAGCGAUUUACGGAAAUCAAAUCAUGACUCAUGGAAGCGUCGGUGGGGGUAUCGGUAAAGCCCACGCCGUCGCCGGACCCAGCUACUUGGUCUCCACCGUACAUCACGUUCAGAAAGUUUCCCAAGGAGGGAAAUAUCUUGGAAGCAUCGAUGGUCACGCUCAUGAUGCGUGGCCUUCCGCCGGCGGGCUGGAUGGGAAAAUUCUGGUGAAGGGCGGACCAAUCCCCGCCGGCCACGGAGGAGGAUGGUGAUUCGUGUCCAAAGUCUCUGCUGAUUCUACCGGUCAAGGUUCCGGAUCAAUCAGCGACGGGAGAGGCUCCAUACCAAAGCGGGUCGUCAGUCGUGACUCUCGGUUCUGGCUGGUCCAGUUCCGGUUAUGCUUAUCCUUCCAAUGUCCAGAUGUCCUGACUGCGUUUCUGACUGUUUACUACCCAAGCUUUCGAGCUUACGCGGAUUUUGUGGAUGGAGCUUGCGGGUGUCAUCUCUCUGCCUCCGCCGGAUUGUACUCCCUCCUUUCAAUAAAGCCAUA